AUUAAUUUACUUGGAAGAUUUAUACCUCUCCUUUGGUUUGGGAGCUCAUCGUGCUCCCUCCCCAGUGUUCUCAGUAACAACAACCCUGUGAUGUAGGUAAGGCUGAGAGAGAAUGAUGGGUACAAUCUCGUGCAACUAUUUUGGAAAAUCGCUUUUCCAACCUCUUUGCCUUUGGCCAAGCAGACUGAGGCUGCUAGGAGUUGAAACCCUAAAAUAUCCAAAUCCCAAAUGGCCUGUUUUUCUACUUGUUUGUGACAAGCUGGAUGGGCAUUUUUCCAUGGGCUCAAGAGGUAAACAUGUUCCAGGUAAUAUGUACUUUUUCAAAUGCUUUGUGAACGCGUGUGCCAAGUUUGCAGAGCGAGAGGAGGGCAGGCUCUCGGGGAAUGAGGAAGAAGAAGAGAAUGAGGAUGAAGAUGAUGCAGAAGCAGCUUUGAAAAAAGAAGUGGAUCAGAUUCGAACCUCCACGGAACAGAAGCAGCGUCGGUUCCAGUCAGUGGAGAGUGGUGCCAACAACGUGGUUUUUAUUCGAACGCUGGGUGUUGAACCCGAGAAAUUGGUGCACCACAUUCUAAAAGACAUGCAUGCCACCAAAAAGAAGAAAACCAGGGUUAUCUUGCGCAUGCUGCCUGUUUCGGGCACCUGCAAAGCCUUCCUAGAGGAGAUGAAGCGAUACUCAGAGACCUUUUUUGAAUCUUGGUUUAAAAGCCCCAAGAAGGGCACUUUUCAGAUUGUUUACAAGGCGCGAAAUAACAGCCACCUGAGCCGGGAAGAAGUCAUAAAAGAACUGGCAGGCAUAGUGGGCCAUCUCAACCCAGAAAACAAGGUUGACCUGAGUAACCCCGAAUUCACCAUUGUGGUGGAGAUCAUAAAGAACAUCUGCUGCUUGAGUGUGGUUAAGGACUACGUUCUCUUCCGAAAGUACAAUCUUCAGGAGGUGGUGAAAAGCAAAACCGAGGGGCAGCCAGGGGUUUCCAAAGGAUCCCAAGAGGACGACUCGUCAGGAGCCAAACCAUCUGAAGCCCAGAGGGAAAACCAAAACGAGCACAAAGACAAGACCGAGACCACCUCUAACGACAAUCAUGAGGACUAGGACCCUGAAUGAAAUAGCUGAGAAGAAAAAAGAAAAUCUGUAGGGGGGCUGGCUGUUAAGUCAGUGGUCGGUGUCUGUUUUUUUAAAAGGUCUUUUAAGACUCUAGGUGACUUGGCUAAAGCACAGUUUGGCUCAAGGCUAUGCCUCAGACAAUCUUCCCCACCAUUCUUGCCUUGUUUGCAGUCGUUAUCCUUGGGGGCUCCAGCUGAACGACGCAGGCCACGACUUUCCCAACCCAUAGAGUGUCAUCUUGCCUUAUGCAUGAGUGAGUUUUCAUUCAAGGAACCCCUUGUUUUCCUCCCUCCCCACCCCAUUUUUCCCAAAUCUGCUCUGGACGAUCCCCCAAUACCCUGAUUUGUUGGGCAACUGCUAUUACAUUAGAAUUGGAUGUGUCAGAGUGAGCAGGAACCGGGAAACGAGCCCUGCUUCCAAACCUGCUUUGCCAGUAAGCAUCCAAGCCAACUCCCACCCAGUGGAAGUUUUCCUUGUAAAGUUCUGCUGAGAGCCAUGAAAUGGAAAUGCCCGUAAAACCAUUAUCCCCUUUUCGAUUUCAGCAAGCCUGAAGUCUGGUCCUUGCUGGGUUAAAGUAAUAUUUAAAUGCUCCAUUUGCUACUGGAGUUGGGGUUCCAAUCCACACCUGAACAUCGAUGACAUAGUGGUUUAUAGCCAGAUAACAUUGGUUGGCCCCAUCUUGAUAAUGGCUGAUCCUGUUUACAUGAAAAAGGCCUACCCCAAUUCAUUUUACAAACCAUGAUGUGUUGCUUUUCGCACUUUGCACGAGGCGUGAAUCCAUUCCUUAGGGAUUAGUGUUACAUGCAAAAUAGAUAAUCGUGGCUCACCCUCUGGCUAGUGGCUGACACUGUGGCUAGCCUAUCCCCGACCCAGUGCCCUGUAUGAGUUCUGUCCUUGGCGAAAGGAUGAAAACAUUUUUUUUCAGUUGUGGCGUUGAGCCAUGCUUUGGCUUUUCAAAUUUACCGAGCAAAAAUGCAGCCGGGGUGGAUGGCAGGCAGAGUGGAUAGUCCCUAAACCAUGACUGGAGUUGAGAGUAGAAGUAGCUGAUAAUAGAGGAGAAAAGUUGGCCCAUGAAUGGUUGUUUUAAAAUUUACCUUUUCUGUUUUGUGCUGAUCAUCAUGAUUGCCCCCCCCCCCCCACUUUCCUCGUUCAGGAGUAGAGAGAUAACAAGGCUACAUGGCCUAUUGGCUUAUAGUUUUGGAAGGCAGUUGUUAACUCUCUUCAUCCUCAACAGCUUUGUGUUUCCAAAUCCUAGUUUUCCCAAGUAAAUUAUGGGAGCUGUUUACUGCCAGAUUUCAUGUGAUCAUCGUCCAGCAGUUUUCUAGUUAAUGGGCCAGCAUCCUCAUGCGAAGUCUAGCAUCGCUUGAGAAGAGAAGCCCUGUAUGUCCCACCCCCAUUGAGCAGGCAUCUCUGUGGUCCUGGGGAUCUGGCCCCUUCUCUCAGCUGCUUUCUCUGGCCAGAAAUUUUACUUCUAUCCUGCCAGAUGCUGUUCAAUCUACGAGAAUAGGCAGAGUAGUCCUCUGGUGCUGCUUCUGAUCAGCGAAGAUUUUCAGGUUCCUCCUGCGGCUCUUUUAGCAUCAGGUGAAGAUCGAGCGUAUGAGAGCGUUCAUGGGUUUACUUGUAGAGACACAAUCUCAAGCAAAUUGUAAAAUGUUAACCGAGUGGGGCUUUGGGGAAAAAUAUUUAUUUUGUUAAAAAUGCCCUAUUUGCAGCUACAUCGUUAGAAAGAGAUGUUAAUGCUCCAAACUCAUAAUUAUUGUUUGAAUGUCAGGGAGAGGAAAUGAGGGAGUCUGCUAACAUUCGCCCUUACUGCCUUUAAAAAAACCAGAGCAAGUUUAACUUUUGUUUCUCUGUGAGGAAUUUCUUGUCUGAAAAUAAAUGUUCACAGCAUAAAAUCUUUUGCAGGGGUAUAAUAUUCUCCAGUUUGUAUGUGGUGUUCCUUUUUUGUACAUUGUUUUCUAUUAAACUGACCUUGUUUUGGUUUGGAACAGAUUGGCUAACACAUGUUCUUCUUUUUUUUAUUUUACUGCCCUGCCUUUUGUAAAAUCGAGACUCGAUGUGUGAAAAUAAAUGAUCAGCCUUGA